AUGACGGAUACUUCAGACGCUGGGACCAUUUCCAUAUCUGUCGAGUUCAGUGGCGGUCUGGAAAUGCUCUUUGAAGACCAAAGACAGCACUCAUUGACCGUACCAUCCAAGGACAAAGACGGCAAACCCAGCACUAUAGCGUUUCUGAUACAUCACCUCGUACACAAUGUCAUGAAAGACACGCGACAGGAGCUUUUUGUCCUUGACAACCACUUGCGCCCGGGAAUCUUGGUCCUAAUCAACGACGCAGACUGGGAGCUGGAGGGCGAGGAGGAGUAUGAGCUCCAGAACAAAGACAACAUUCUAUUUGUGUCAACAUUGCAUGGAGGCUAG